AUGUCGAAUCGGUACGGCGGCGGCGCCUACCGCAACGGCAACGGCUAUGGCAACUUUGGUCGCCGCGAAGAACCUCAAGACUACGAUCCCUACGCCAACGGCUAUGGCGGCGACAGGGACAGAGACAGAAGCGACCGCUACGCCGUUGGCUCCCCGCCGAUGAACCCCCGAUCACCAUCCAACUUCCGAAACCCAGGUCCCCCGCCCAUGCGCAGCCGCGAGCGCAUCCAAGAGAGCAACGCCGAGCGCCAGAUCGGCCAGGUCCUCGAGCACAUCAAGCAAGAAUGGCCCGCCAUGUGCCAAAACGACUGUGUUCCCGUCCAGCUCGCUCUGCAGCUCCUUGACAGCAGCUCCGUCGGCCGCGCACACGACUACCGCAAGUUCACGGAGGCGCACAACUACGUUGAGGACUCCCUCAAGGGCAUCGUCCACGAGCACCAUCAGGGAUUCAACAGCUCCAUAGGAACAUUCCACAAGAUCCAGGGCAGCAUUCAAGCUUCGCAGAAGAAGGUGCGCACGCUGAAAGAGUCGCUGCUGACGUCCAAGGUGAGCCUGUGUACGUCGGACCCGGAGCUUAAGAAGCUCUCGGCCGCAUCACAGGCUUACGACGAGCUGCUUACAACGCUGAACGAACUGGAGGAGUUGAGGCUGGUACCGGAUCAGUUGGAGGCGAGAAUCUCCGAAAAGAGGUUUCUGAGUGCGGUGGAGGUGUUGCAGAAUGCGCUGCGGAAGCUGCGUAAGCCUGAGCUGGAUGAUAUCGGGGCCCUGAGCGAACUCCGGGCUUAUCUAGCCAACCAAGAUGGGGCUCUCAUGGAUAUCCUGGUGGAGGAGCUUCACGAGCAUCUAUACCUAAAGUCGCCGUACUGCCAGGAAAGGUGGCAGAAUUUGGCAAAGACACAAGGUGCUUUCAAGGAGGGUAACUACGAGGCGAUUACUAUUGCUCCUUUCCACCAAAUACUUGACGCCAUGGACUUUGAAGGGAAGACGGCCGAGGAUCCGGCUAAGAACCCAGAAGCCGAUACGUUCUCGUAUGUGUCGCUACUGGUGGAGUCCUUGAACAAGUUGGGAAGAUUGGAGACGGCCGUAGACACCCUCAAGCAGAGGCUGCCCGUCGAGCUCUUCACCAUUGUCAACGAGACUCUCAACGAAGUUGACCAGAGGCAUCCCAGCUCGCUUCGCGGCGGCUCUACCAACAACCAGGGGCUGCACAUCUACGGCAACCGCGAGACUCAGAUGAGGGCUGACGUAAUUUACGACCUGCUCUGGACGCUCUUCGGCAAGUUUGAAGCGAUUGCAGAGGGCCACCGCGUUUUCCACGAAUCGAUCAAGGCGCUCAUCCGUAGGGAGGGUGCUGGAAACAACAGUGCCUUGCUGGGAAGCUUCAAGGAGCUGUGGAACCUGUAUCAAAACGAAAUCCGUUCUCUACUGCACAACUACGUAACAACGGACGCCGAUGUCUUCCAGUUCAACUCAUCGCCCAAGCCUGGCGCCAACAUCAACGGCAAAAAGGAUGCUUCUAGGGAGAAUCUAUUCAAGUUUUCCGAAGGUGACCCCAAGGCGGUGGAUAUGACAACGGAGUACGAAGCUCUCGAGGGCAUCAUCCGCGCCGCUGUCCCCGGCUUGACCGACACGUCCCGCAAACCUGGCGCCGACAAGAAGCGAGCGGUGAUGGACGGCGUCAGCUCCAAGAGAGGCACCGCUGCUGGCUGGGAGAACAAGCAAACACAAGGAACCUACAAGUCCCUCGUCGAACCCAGCGUCUUCAACAUGAGUCUGCUGCUACCGCCUACCUUGGUCUUCCUCCAAAGACUCAAAAUGAUCGUCCCGCCAGGCUCCGAUCUCGCCACCAGCACUCUGACGUCGUUCCUGGAUAACUUCCUCGUCAACGUCUUCCAACCUCAGCUCGACGAGACGCUCGGCAAGCUCAGCGACACCAUCUUUGGCGAAGUCGAUUCUUUUAUCCAGGACCAGGAAUGGACCCAGGUUGCCAGGCGGCCCGUCUUCAAGGGCACCACGGCCUUCUUCGCCGUCGUCACUGCCUUUUGCCGCAUGCUGAGCACGAUCCCGCACGACCAAGCUCUCAGCACACUCAUCAUCACCCAGAUGAUGCGCUACUACGAUCGCUGCUUCGGCUGGUAUAAGUCUCUCGUCAGCAGAACCCAAGUACAGGCUGGCGAGCCCACGAAGCUGCGCAUGUCAGCAGGCAUGGCUUUGGAGGAGGGUGAUGUCCACGAGACCAUGAAGCAGCUGUGGACAUCCGACACACUUGAGCGCGAGCUCUUGGAGAAGGAAGUCGGUCUGCUCAUUGUUCAGACAAACGAGAAGCGCAUGGAGCUCGCAGACAUCAUCACAGAUAGGGACACAGUCUCCUCUCUCUGCCUGCUGUACACCAGCAUGAAGUGGCUUGCUGUCAAGAUCUCAAGCCUGCGCCACAUUACUCGCAAUGAUGCAGACUCCUCCCGCCCUGCCCUCAACAGGGGCUCAAGCAAGCGUUGGACUCUCAUGAACGACCCCAGCAAAGCUACAAAUGAGGACGGUCCGGUGUACCUCCCUAUGACACAAGAAACAGUGCAGGCCUUCGACGGCAUAGUCUCCUCUUUUGAAGAACUGGCCGGCACAGCGCUCCUCACCCUUCACAUGGAGAUCCGCACAGAGAUCAUCUACUCCCUGCGCACCGCCCUCUCACCUGAUAAGGCGCCCUACCUCCUGGACCAAGAAGUCACGGAGCCAGACCCAGAGAUCCUCAAACUGAACUCGGACCUCAUCCUCUACGACGAGACGAUCGCAAAGUACCUCCGCGCAAAGGAGACGGCGUUCAUCCGCACCGGCCUCGGCCUGCUCAUCAACGCGUAUCUUGUCACCAACGCCGCCUUCGUCUCGCCCAUGAACGCAAAGGGCUGCGGGCGCAUGCAGCUCAACAUCCUCGUCCUCCAGCAGAACCUGAAGAACGUCGAGGAGGGCGUCGACCUCGGUCGCGCGUCAAACUACUUUGCGCUCUUCGACAAGGGCCCCGACGCCAUCGUCGACAAGGCGAGGGAGGACAAGGACAAAGAUGAGCACGCCGACCCCAGCGACACCUUCACGUACGAGGAGCUGAGGACCCUGCUCGAGCUCUGCUUUAGCGAGCAGCUGGCGAACCCGGAGCGUGGAAUCGCAAGCGCUGCCAAGAGGCAGAUGGCGGACAAGAUGCUGGGGCUUAGCGAGUACAUGUGGCAGAGCUAA